CUGCGUUUGAUAUCAAAGUCGUCAAAAAGUCGCUGAAUCUUUUGCAUCUAUCAAAUAUCCAAGUCAGCAACAAUGGCCCCCGCCGCACUUUCGCCACCGAGAUCCCCCCAAUCAAACAACAGCCUCCCAUCUACCAGCUCAGAAUUGUCGGCAUACCGUGGAUACCACCAUGUCCACUGGUACGUUGGAAAUGCCAAACAAGCCGCUGCCUUCUAUGUCUCGCGCAUGGGCUUCGAGCGUGUCGCGUACAGGGGUCUUGAGACCGGCUCUCGAGCGAUUGCUUCCCAUGUCGUGAGGAACGGAGGCGUGACUUUCGUCUUGACUUCGCCACUGCGAUGCCUGGAACAGAGCUCCCGAUUCGGCGACGAAGAGGGAAAGCUGCUCAGGGAGAUCCAUGCGCAUCAGGAGCGACAUGGAGACGCCGUAAAAGAUGUCGCAUUUGAGGUCGACAACCUUGAUGCCAUUUACCAAUCUGCAGUGUCUGCUGGCGCAGAGGUAAUUGCUGCUCCCCAUGAGCGUAGCGAUGAGAGUGGAUCAAUCCGACUCGCGACCAUCAAGACAUACGGCGACACCACGCACACUCUCAUCGAGAAGAAGAACUACAACGGCGUCUUCUUGCCCGGAUAUCGCUCAGAAAUGACCUCCAAGGACCCACUCUCUAAGUUCCUCCCACAGAUUAAGCUUGAGGCAAUCGAUCAUUGCGUCGGCAACCAGGAUUGGGACGAGAUGGAGAACAUCUGCGAGUACUACGAGAAAGUACUGGGAUUCCACCGCUUCUGGUCGGUGGACGACAAGGAUAUCUGCACAGAAUACUCUGCUCUUAAAUCAAUCGUGAUGAGCUCUCCCAACGAUGUUGUCAAGAUGCCCAUCAAUGAGCCAGCAAAGGGAAAGAAGCAAUCCCAAAUCGAAGAAUACGUCGACUUCUAUGGCGGCGCGGGUGUGCAGCACAUUGCUUUACGCACAGAUGACAUUAUCUCUGCCAUCACCAACCUCAAGGCUCGAGGAGUCGAGUUCAUCAAAGUGCCGGAGACAUACUAUGAUUCGAUGAAGAUGCGACUGAAGCGCGCCGGGUUGACUCUGAACGAAGACUUUGAGACUCUGAAGAGCUUGGAUAUCCUGAUCGACUUUGAUGAGGGCGGUUAUUUGCUGCAACUCUUCACCAAGCACUUGAUGGAUCGCCCUACAGUCUUCAUCGAGAUUAUCCAAAGGAACAACUUCGACGGUUUCGGUGCUGGUAACUUCAAAAGUCUUUUCGAGGCAAUCGAGCGAGAACAAGAGUUGCGAGGAAACCUUGUUUAAGGGUUUGCAUUUUAGUUAACAUCUUCCUUAGCCUGACGAUCCUUAAGAAUGCAGGUCUGAAAGUAUGAUAGCAUCUUGGAGCGUUUAUUC